AUUGAACGGCCCCCUUGCAGCCAUCAGCCAAACCGCAUCUUUUGCAUCUCCACAUCGGCCAGCAUUCAAAACUCGGUCUUGAAUUUGCCGAUAGAGUCGCAUCUCGGCUUGCUUGUGCUUGGCCCGCGCUUUUGGGAAACAGCCUAAGUCGGUGGCGGAGUUUCGCGCAGGCUCGUUCGGUCCCCUGGCACUCUUGGAUUCAACGACGCGAGUUUGGUCGCUUCAUCGCCGUCGCAAUGGAGGAGAAUUCGGUCAGCUACGGCACUCCCACAACUGGCGCAUCGCCGGGCGCCAACCCAAUUCUGGCGCAGCCCCCUCUUCCUGAUGCCAACGACCAGACUGAAGAUGUGCAGAUGAGUGAGGGACCCGCAAUCAAGCAGGAUAGCACUACACCCGCUCCUGGCGCGAUAUCGGACAAUCCCCUCGACGCGCCCGAGGGCCCUCCUGCAGAGGUGGCGGCGGGCGAAGACGAGGAAAUGGGCGACGCGCCCAAAAAUGAAUCGGCGCAGGCUGAUGGCGCCGGUCAGACUGAAGCCGCAGGCGAGGCCAAGACAAAGGAGUUUGUUGAAAAUGCUGCGAGAGAACACCUGAUUUCUCAGACCCAUGCGAUCGUGCUCCCCAGCUACAGCACUUGGUUCGACAUGAACACGAUCCACAACAUUGAGCGGAAAGCACUGCCCGAGUUCUUCAACAACCGGAACCGAAGCAAGACUCCGGCCGUGUACAAGGACUACCGCGACUUCAUGAUCAACGCCUACCGGCUGAACCCGGUGGAGUAUCUCACCGUCACCGCCUGUCGUCGCAACCUGGCCGGCGAUGUCUGCGCUAUCAUGCGAGUGCACGCUUUCCUCGAGCAGUGGGGUCUCAUCAAUUACCAGGUCGAUGCUGAUCAGCGGCCAUCUCACGUUGGCCCACCCUUCACCGGUCACUUCAAGAUCAUUUGCGACACGCCCCGUGGCCUUCAACCCUGGCAGCCGGCAGCCGACCCUGUCGUCACUGAGGGAAGGCCAAACAAGGAUACGGAUGCCAAGGCCUCCGCGACGCCCGUACCCAAGGGCGAUCUCAACCUGGAAAUCGGUCGCAACAUUUACGAAGCCAACGCCAAGAACAACAAGUUGAACAAGGGAGACAGCAAGACCAACGGUGAAGCGCCGACAACUAAUGGUGUGUCCGGCACCGAUGAACUCCCCAAGGCUCCGAUCGUGAAGGUCAACUGCUUCAACUGCGGCACCGACUGCACGCGCAUCUACUACCACAGCUCGCAAUCCGACCCGAACUCCAAGGUCAAGUACGACCUGUGCCCGAGCUGUUACCUCGAAGGUCGCCUGCCUGGCAACCAGACCAGCGCCCACUACACGCGCAUGGAGAACCCCACCUACUCGUCCAUCCUCGACCGGGACGCACCAUGGAGCGAUGCAGAGAUCCUACGGCUGCUUGAGGCACUCGAGCGCUACGAUGAGGACUGGGGCGAGAUCGCCGAGUAUGUGGGGACCCGGACGCGCGAGGAGUGCGUGCUGCAAUUCCUGCAGCUCGACAUUGAGGAUAAAUAUCUGCAGUCAGAGAGCUUGGACGCACCAAUUGGCCUCCAGAUGCUUGGCAGCCACGGCGGCCAGCUCCCAUUCAGCCAGACUGACAACCCCGUCAUGUCGGUUGUCGGCUUCCUCGCCAGCCUCGCGGACCCCGCCAGCACGGCAGCCGCUGCCAACAAGUCGGCCGAGAUUCUCAAGCAGAAUCUCCGGAACAAACUCGAGGGCGGCGCGCAAGGAGAGGCAGGACAGACCGAAGGCAAGGGCAAGGAGAAGGCGGGUGGUGACGCGAUGGACGUCGAUGGGAGGCAUGAGGCCACCACGGCGUCCACGCUGGCGAACAUCCCCCUCGCGUCCAUGGGCGCCAGAGCCGGCGGCCUCGCCUCCCACGAGGAGCGCGAAAUGACGCGGCUCGUGUCGGCGGCCGUGAACGUCAUGCUCGAGAAGAUGGAGCUGAAGCUCAAGUACUUCAACGAGAUGGAGGCGAUCCUGCAGGCCGAGCGCCGCGAGCUGGAGCGCGCCCGGCAGCAGCUGUUCCUCGACCGGCUGGCGUUCAAGCGCCGCGUGCGCGAGGUGCAGGAGGGGCUGAGGCAGGCCGCGUCGGUCGGCGGCGAGCAGGGCAUGCGCAUGGCGCAGGAGCUCAUGACGGACGGCAGCCAGCGCAUGACCUUCCACGCGCCGCCCGCCCCCGGGGCCGUGCAGCCGCUCAGUGCGGAGGGCCAGAUCAAGAGCUACGAGGCUUAGGUGACCAUGUGGCCUGGACUUGGUCACCAGUACGCGCCGCUUGUGCGUGGCCACUAUCGUUAUUAGCCAGUUAGCC